AUGAAAGAAGAAAAAGUAAUUCAAGAUCCAUUAAUCCAAAGGCAACAUGAAGAAGAAGAAGAAGAAGAAGAAGAAGAAGAAGAGGAGGAGUUAGGUUUAAGAAGACAAGUAUACGAUGAAGUAAAGAAGCAAAUAGGAUUAGCAUGUCCAUUGAUAGCAGUAAGCUUGUUGCAGUAUUGUCUUGAAGUCAUUUCAAUCAUGUUUGUUGGUCAUCUUGGACAACUCCCUCUCUCCAGUGCUUCCAUGGCUACAUCUUUUGCUUCCUUCACUGGUUUUAGUGUCUUGUUAGGAAUGGGAAGUGCAUUAGAAACACUAUGUGGACAAUCCUAUGGAGCUAAACAAUACCACAUGCUUGGGAUUCAAAUGCAAAGAGCAACGUUGACUCUCACAACCCUAAGCAUUCCACUUGCAUUUAUCUGGUUCUACACUCCCACAAUCUUCAUAGCUUUAGGGUUUGGAAUCAAAGGGGCUGCAUUGGCUAAUACAAUAUCGAAUUGGGUGAAUGUGUUUUUUUUGGGAUUUUAUGUCAAGUUUUCUAAUGCUUGUUUACACACCUGGACUGGUUUUUCAAAAGAAGCUUUCCAUGAUGUUCUUAGCUUCAUGAAACUUGCUGUUCCUUCUGCUCUUAUGAUUUGCCUUGAAUAUUGGACAUUUGAUAUGGUAGUUUUGUUAUCUGGUCUUCUCCCAAAUCCAAAGUUAGAGACAUCUGUAUUAUCAAUUAGCCUUAACACAUGUUGGAUGGUGUAUAUGAUUUCUGUUGGCCUUGGGGGAGCAAUAAGUACAAGAGUUUCAAAUGAGUUAGGGGCAUCAAGACCUAAAGCUGCACGUUUGGCUGUUUGUGUUGUGGUUGUAAUAGCAAUUUUGGAGGGUUUAAUAGUAGGAACUAUUACUAUUUUAGUACGAAAUGUUUGGGGUAAAUUAUAUAGCAAUGAUGACGAAGUUAUUAAAUAUGUUGCAAAAAUGAUGCCACUACUUGCAUUAUCAGAUUUCUUAGAUGGAUUUCAAUGCGUUCUUUCAGGUGCUGCUAGAGGAUGUGGGUGGCAAAAUGUGUGUGCAAUUGUCAAUCUUGGAGCUUAUUAUGUUGUGGGAAUUCCUUGUGCAUUGCUAUUUGCUUUUGUUCUUCAUGUUGGAGGCAUGGGGCUAUGGAUGGGGAUCAUUUGUGCACUUUCUGUACAAGUUGUGGCACUUGUGGCAAUUAAUUUGUCGACUAAUUGGAAUGAUGAGGCAUUGAAAGCUAUUAAUAGAGUUCAAACAAGGAGAGGUAGUGAAUGAAUGAUAUUGUCAUUUUGUUUUAUAGAGUGUGAGGAGAAAUUGAAAUUGAAAUUGAAAUGUAAUGAUGGAUAUCACGUGUAAACAUAUUUAGAGGUGAUAACACUUUUUGUUUCUGUAUAGAUUGGUGAACAAUACCCGUUUGUAGAGCAAUUAUUGCUUUGAUAAUUCAGUUGACCAC